AGGCUGUCGACUGGUGGGCGCUCGGCAUUCUCAUCUUCGAGAUGCUGGCGGGGUACCCGCCGUUCUUCGAUGAGAACCCCUUCGGCAUCUACCAGAAGGUACUCGCCGGCAAGAUAGAUUUCCCAAAGCACAUCCACCCCCGCGCCAAGGAGCUCAUCAAGCGGCUGCUGACGCACGACAGGGCGAAGCGCUUCGGCUGCCUCAAGAACGGCGCCGAGGACAUCCAGUACCACAAGUGGUACAAGGCCGUGGACUGGAAGAAGCUGGUCGCCAGGUGCGUGGAGACUCCGUACAUCCCGUCAGUGAGGGCAGCAGACGACACCUCGAUGUUCGACCGCUAUCCAGACAGCACUGAGGCGACGGCGCCCCCCGUCUCCGCAAAGGACCAGGCCCUCUUCGAGGAGACUUCGCAACUGUGAAGAUAGCGGCGGGCUGAACCCCCGGCGGCGGCGACGCAGGCCGCCGCAGCGACGCCGCAGCGGCGCUGCCCACAGGGCGCGCUAACUACGCGCGCGGCCCCGCCUGGCCAAGGCGCCGCCAGGCCUGGCUGCACGUCAGAGCGGCCCUCGGCCGCUUUCCUGACCAGAGGGGCCGCUCUUGCGUCAGCAGCCGGCCAGUCACCUCCGCUCGCGCCCCCGUCGCCGCCGUGCCUUGUCGAAUUGGCUGAGCUGCGGAGGAGGACGGCGAGGAGGGCAGGGGCGAAGGGCGGGCGCCGGAUCGAGCGGCCGCCAAUGUGCGCCCCUUGAGCGGCAGCUGUUUGGCUGCGGACGGGGGCGCCGAGGGAGCUCUGCCGCCACUCGGCGGCAGCGCUCUCUGCACUGCUGGUGGGCGCGGCAUCGUUCGGCGCUGUAGGCGGACCGUUGCGGCUCUAGCGAGUCGUCUGGUUUUCAUCAGCGGAGCGAGGGAGGGUACCGUCUGAAAUAGUCACGCAGCUGAUGCGCCUGGACCUUAUCCUCAUAGCAUGGGUGCGCGCGCGGUCCUCAGACGAAGCGACUGCCUCGGUACCUGUCAGGGUUUUUCCUUGUGCCACGGCUGUCGUUUCCCUCCUCCUGCUACGUGCCGCUAGCCUGUGCUUGCCGUCGGUCGUCGCCUGAGCUCCGCCUUGAUUGUUUGGAUGUUGAGUUCGAUCGCAUCCGAUACUCCCCCCUUGUUCUGCCUAAUUUCAACCCGCUGGCAGUCAGGCCGGGGUGCAUGUAUGCGCCAAUUGCUGCGUCGCCUGCUUGGCAGCCCCCCAGCAGGGGGCGGCUCGCCGCGGACCCUUGUGUCUCACCAGUGGCGGACUGGACGCUGGAAGGAUGGUCCUGUGUGACUCUGGGGGGGCGGCUUGUGGUUGAUAGCCGACCAAGCU